AUGACAUCCUCAACAGCGCGCCCUGAAAUGGCAGAAGCAGACAUGGACGUCGACGUGCUCAUCGUCGGCGGCGGGCCCGUGGGUCUCAACCUGGCAUACCAGCUCCGGCGGUUCUCGUCGGCGCCGAUCAACCCGGACCCUUCCGGCUCACCGAUCUCAGUGCACGUCGUCGAGAUGCAUCCCAAGCCCGUGCAAGAAAACUUUGGACGCGCCGUGACCUUCUGGCCGCGCUCGAUGGAGAUCCUCGCCCAGAUGGGUCUCGCCGACCAAAUCACGCAGCAGUGCGUAGCGGUGCGGUCGAGCGCCGCGUACGACAAGACGGGCACCGAGGUGUUUGGUCGCGGGUGGAGUUUCGUCGAAGGGCUAGAGGACACGCGGUUCACGUUCGCGAGCGUCCUUCGCCAGAAGUUUGUCGAGGAUAUUUUCCGCGCUGAGCUGGACAGGUUGGGCGCCAAAGUGAGCGAAAAUUGCAAAUUUGUGGAUCUGACUGUGGAUGAAGCGGUCAAGGUUGGUGGGAAGGGGAGGGUCAAAGCUAGGAUCUUGGAUCGCAGUGGCGGGGACGGACACGAGAGGGAGUAUACUGUCAAGUGUCGGUACCUCAUUGGCUGUGAUGGGUCCAGGACGCUGGUGCGCGGCGCCGCAGGGAUCGAAUCUGACGGAGACCGCACCGAGGAUAAGUGGGUGAGAAUUGACGGGGUUCUCAAAUCCACGACGAUGCCGAAACCCAGGUCCUAUGGCGCAAUCGAGAGUCCGCUGUACGGCAAUGUCCUCUGGAUUCCGCUCGACCACGGGGCCACGAGGAUUGGAUUCGCGCUGAACGACGAGCGGAGGAAACUGUACAAGGAGCUCAAUCAGGAGGUGUUUGUGCAAGAGGCCAAAUUGUCUGUCAAGCCCUUCGACAUUGAAUACGAGAGGGUGGAUUGGGCGAGUGUGUACAGUGUCGGGCAGCGGGUCGCGAGAAAUUUCUGGGCCAAGGAGUCGGUCUUUAUCGCUGGUGAUGCGGCCCACAGCCACAGCUCGGGAGCCGGCCAGGGGAUGAAUGCUGGUAUGCACGAUGCAGUGAACCUCGGCUGGAAACUGGCGCUGGUGUUGACAGGCGUGCUGAAGAGGGAGGUCCUGGAGACUUAUGAGCUGGAGAGAAGACCGAAUGCACGGAAACUCAUCAAGUAUGACGAAGAUAUCAGUGUUCUCGUCUCUGGGAGGCUGCCGAAGGACUGGCCGGGUGAUAAAACCGAGGAUCCGAAUGUCGUUUUGGGAAGGAUAUUGCAGGAAGCCAAGGGAUUCAAUACUGGCUUGACCAUCGGCUUUGAACCGAAUAUCGCUGUUUCCAGGAAUGACAGUGGAGAGGACGCUGAGCUGGUGGCCAAGCGAACAAUCAUCCCAGCACCGGCCAUAUCAGGCUACCGAGCACCAGAUGUUAAGGUAUUGACGCCCGCAUUGUGGGAACCUGUCUGGCUGCAUACUCUGAUGGCGAACUUGGCGAGGUUUUAUGUGGUCGUCUUCAUGGGCAGGUCGCCGGAGGCAAAGACUUCGUUCAGCAAGAUGAAGGAAGACGUGCAGAAGAACCAACACCUGAGACUUGAUAGGGUCCCGGGAACUGCACCGGCAGCAGCAACGAAUGGAGCCCACAUCAAUGGAUCCUCAGGAUCCCAGCAGCCUCGAAAAUGGCCUGUGGACUUUCUUACCAUCUUACCUGAGAAGUUCGGUAAUGCCUGGUUCGAGCUGGGGACGGAUCCAUUGGGCAGAGUGUAUUAUGACGGCGAUGGAGGCCAUGCAUACCAGAGAUAUGGUGUUGAAGUUGACGCGGGAGCCGUCUUCGUAGUGAGACCUGACGGCUGGAUUGGAGCCAGGUUCGGACUUGGAUCGGACAGCAUUGUGGAUGAGGUGGAUGCGUAUCUGGGUGGACUGCUUUACCGAUAG